GGGGCGGCUCCGCUCGCCGUGUUUCCUGGGCUCGGGUGGGUGGUUCGCGCCGCGCUCCGCCAAGAUGCAGCUCAAGCCGAUGGAGAUCAACCCCGAGAUGCUGAACAAAGUGCUGGCCCGGCUGGGGGUCGCCGGCCAGUGGCGCUUCGCGGACGUGCUGGGGCUGGAGGAGGAGGCCCUGGGCUCGGUGCCCACGCCUGCCUGCGCGCUGCUGCUGCUGUUUCCGCUCACGGCCCAGCAUGAAAACUUCAGGAAAAAGCAGAUCGAAGAACUGAAGGGACAGGAAGUGAGCCCUAAGGUGUACUUCAUGAAGCAGACCAUCGGGAACGCCUGUGGGACCAUUGGGCUCAUCCACGCGGUGGCCAACAACCAGGAUAAGCUGCAGUUCGAGGAUGGAUCAGUCCUCAAACAGUUUCUUUCUGAAACCGAGAAGAUGUCCCCUGAAGACAGAGCGAAAUGCUUUGAAAAGAACGAGGCCAUCCAGGCAGUCCACGAUGCGGUGGCGCAGGAAGGCCAGUGUCGGGUAGAUGACAAGGUGAAUUUUCAUUUUAUUCUGUUCAACAACGUGGAUGGCCACCUCUACGAACUUGAUGGGCGGAUGCCUUUUCCGGUGAACCAUGGCACCAGCUCAGACGACUCCCUGCUGCAGAACGCUGCCAAGGUCUGCAGAGAAUUCACCGAGCGCGAGCAAGGCGAAGUCCGCUUUUCUGCGGUGGCGCUCUGCAAGGCAGCCUAGUGCCUGCAGGGGGACUUCGCCGGCCUCCCCUCCUCCCUUCCCCGUGAAGAUAGAGACCUCCCCACUCAGUCGAAAACGCUUCAGUCCUUGUGAACAGCUGUCCCCCUUCAGUUCUGCAGACACCGCCUCCCCUCAGCCACACGCAAGCCCUAGCAGGGCUCAGCUGCCGGUGGCACAGCCUGGUGAGAGCUUCCGAUGGCACAGCACCCCCACCGUGCGUCUUGUCCCCAAUAUCUAACGCUUUCGGCAGCCGCUUCGGUUGCCGUGUGUAUGUUGAAACCUUGAAUGUGGUUGGAUUGUCCUGGAAAGGAAUAAAGGUUUUCUGCUGAUAAGAGAGAA